UUGGGCUCCGCUCUGUUUACCGAUUCCGGAGUUUAAAAAAAAAAAAAAAAUCUUCCGUGUGUGUUUACCGUUUCUACAGCUGACGCCCCCCCCCCCCUCCGCUCCCCCGGGAGUCCAGAACCUCAAAGCGACAUCAAGGGGGGCCGGCGGGCAUGGAGUCUCACGGCAGGGAGGACGGUAAAGGGCCGGUGCUGCACAUCGUGGUGGUCGGAUUUCACCAUAAAAAGGGCUGUCAGGUGGAGUUCUCCUACCCCCCGCUGAUGCCGGACGAGGGCCACGACAGUAGCCUGCUGCCCGAGGAGUGGAAGUACCUCCCUUUCCUGGCUCUGCCGGACGGGGCGCACAACUACCAGGAAGACACGGUGUAUUUCCACCUGCCGCCGCUCAGCGGGGACGUGAGUGUGUAUGGAGUCUCCUGCUAUCGCCAAAUAGAAGCCAAGGCCCUAAAGGUCCGGCAGGCUGACGUCACCAGGGAGACGGUCCAGAAGAGUGUCUGCGUCCUCAGCCGAGUGCCUCUCUACGGUCUGCUUCAAGCAAAGCUACAGCUCAUCACGCACGCCUACUUCGAGGAGAAAGACUUCUCGCAGAUCUCUAUUCUACAGGAACUCUACGACCACAUGAACGGCUCUCUGAAGGGUUCGGCCCUGGAGGGGUCACAGGUCUAUUUAGGGUUAUCACCAAGAGACUUAAUACUGCACUUUCGACACAAGGUUCUCAUCCUGUUCAAGCUUAUUCUGCUGGAGAAGAAGGUCCUGUUCUAUGUGUCUCCUGUAAACAGACUAGUGGGAGCUCUCAUGACGGUUUUAUCACUGUUUCCAGGUAUGAUCGAGCACGGCCUGGUGGACUCGUCCCACUACAGACCCAAGAGCAGCGUGUCAGAGGACCUGAGCCUGGUGGAGAGCAUCUCGGGAGCGGAGGAGUUCGUCUCCGUGUCCGUCACCGACAUCGCCAGCACCACCCUGCUGGAGCUGGAGGGGGAGGAGACCGCCCCGCCUGCUGCAGAGUCUGCGUCCUCUGGGAACAGCACUGACGGGGACAGCCACCUCCUCAAACCCCCGUCUCGUACCUCUCCGGAGUCCUCGGAGAGCGACUGGGAGACUCUGGACCCCAGCGUGUUAGAAGAAGGUGGUCCUAAAGAGGCGACUGAGGGGCAGGAGACGGGGUCGGAGCUGCCAGGCGCCUUCGACUCCAAACCAGGGACGCCCAUCACCGUGCAGCCGCAGGCGGUCACCGGCCAGGGAGGGGUCACCCAGGGCCUGGUGUCCGGUCUGGAGGAGGAUCAGUACGGCCUGCCCCUCGCCAUCUUCACUAAGGGUUACCUGUGCCUGCCCUACAUGGCCCUGCAGCAGCAUCACCUCCUGUCAGACGUGACGGUGCGAGGCUUCGUUGCCGGGGCGACCAACAUCCUGUUCCGCCAGCAGAGGCACCUAAGUGACGCUAUUGUUGAGGUGGAAGAAGCUCGUGUCCAGAUCCAGGACCCCGAGCUCCGGAAGAUCCUGAGCUUGACGACGGCAGACCUGCGUUUCGCCGACUACCUCGUCAAACACGUGACGGAGAACCGCGACGACGUCUUCCUGGACGGGACGGGCUGGGAGGGCGGAGACGAGUGGAUCCGAGCCCAGUUCACCCUCUACCUCCACUCGUUACUGUCCUCUGCGUUACAGCAGGAUAAUGAGAGGCUGCUGGCUGAUUACGGCGCUCCUUUCGUCUCAGCGUGGAAGAUCACCCACAACCACCGGGUGUGGUGCAGCAACAAGCACCCCGCCAUGACCGCCAUCACCCCAGGGCACCCGUUCCAGGGCCAGUACAGCGUUGCCGAUGUGAAACUGCGGCUCUCUCACUCGGUGCAGAACAGCGAGCGGGGGAAGAAGAUCGGAAACGCCAUGAUCACCACCAGUCGCAGUGUGGUCCAGACGGGGAAAGCAGUGGGUCAGUCCGUGGGCGGAGCGUUGACCAGCGCCAAGUCGGCCAUGUCCUCCUGGUUCUCCACCCUGGCCCAGCCUGUAGCUGUAACCCCCCCGGCCUGUCCGGAGCCUGCCACUGAGGUCAAACCGUGAUCACCGGUGCCCCCCCGAAAACCCCCCAUCCCAAUGACUCUGUCCCCCCUUUGUCCUCUGAUCCUCGGGCUGCUGUGAAGCCCGAGGCUCAGCGGUCUGAGAGCUGGUUUUUAUGAAGGAUGUAAGCAGGAGAAUCUAAGUCCGAACCGUAAAACCUGACACUCCACGCCCCUGAUUGGAGAUUCUGGGCUUUUUCCAGCAUCGAUGCCACCUCUGGACGGAAAGGGCAGCACUGCCGUUAUUCCAACUGUACAGUCCAUAUCCACUGUGAGGCAGAGACUGCCAGCACUUUUGAUCAAAACCAGAAAUUUCAGCAGGCCGCAUCUUGUCUGGCCGCCUGUUUUUUCUCACAGCUGCAGUUUGUGUCGCCCAACGCUUUCCUUUGAAACGCAAAGGAUGCCGUCUUUGGGUUUGCGGCGUUCACUCUUUGCUGCGUAUUUCCAGGGUUUGUCUGUAUAGCUGACUAUUUUGCUGACAAAGUAAAACAACAUAAACCUGUGUCACAGGAUUUGACAGAAGAGCACGAGCUGUGGCACCACUGAAGAUUUUAACGGUUUAGAUUUUAAACUCGGUCUGGCUCAUGUUUGCUGAUGCCUCUGUAAUGACCCCGUGGUCGUCUCUGUAACAGCUUGAAUUCCCGUCUGAGGGAUAGUUGCGUAAAAAUACACGCUGGGCAACUCAAGUAAGGCUGCAACUAAAAGUUAUUUUCAUUACCGAAUAUUUUCUUGAAUUUUUAUCUUUUUAAUAUUUACGAUUUGUUUAGUCUAAAAACAUUGUCAGAAAAAAAAACCCUAAAAUGUCCGUCAGUUGCUCAGUCCGAGAUGACAAUAAAAGUCUAUAAAAAAGUAAAGUCCAGGGCUAAAAUGAUGAGUCAAAUAAAUGAUUAGUCAAUAGAAAGAACCUUAUUUAUCAACUAGUUUCAUCUAACGUUUCAGUCGUUUAUCAAGAAAAACGCCAAACUUUCUAUAAAAUCUCUUAAAUGUGAGCAUGGCUAGUUUUAUCGAUUUUUGUAUGGUCAUAAACGUAAUAUUUUUUGGGUUUUGGACUGUGGAUCGGACAAAACAAGUAAUGUAAAGAUGUCUUUGGACCCACGAAACUGAUAAAAUUGAGUAAAAGGUUAUCAGACAAGUCAAAAAUAUAACAAAAAUACAUCAAUAAUAACAUUGUUGGCUAAAUAUUAACAUGGAGGGUAAACAUAAGGUGUAAGAUUUUCUCUAACUUCCAAUCAGUUU